UAAUAUAAAUUUUUAGGACAAAAUUUUACUUAGGUGCUCUCCAACAAAGUAGAGGGAAAAUGGAUAAAACUAUCACUAAACUGGGAAGCUUUUGGAUCUCCAAGAAAGCCAAGGAAGAGAUUUCCCACAUAAGUGAUGACCUAUCAUCUUUCUCAAAUACUGUUGAAGAGAAGGCAAAACUUUUGAUCAACAAACUGAAAGGUAAAUCCCAGAAAGCCUUAACAGAUCUCCUUAGAGAGCACAACCUUCCUCCCGGUUUGUUCCCCCGCAGCAUAACAUGCUACGAGUUUGAUGAAUCAAAAGGAAAGUUGGUGGUGUUCUUGUCCUCACCCUGUGAGGUUUGCUUCAAGGACUCAUCCGUUGUGAGAUAUGCAAAUCGUGUCAAAGGGACGUUGUCAAAGGGGAAGCUCACUGUCAUAGAUGGAAUGAAGACUAAGGUUUUAGUGUGGGUCAAGGUCACCAGUGUUUUUGUUGAGACUUACAAAUCUGAUAAAGUAUGGUUCACUACCACAGGUGUUAAGAAAUCAAGACCCAAAGACGCUUAUGAAAUGCCACGUGAAGCAAUUAAGGUAGAAGAAUUUUGAGACACUUUAUGUUGUA